UACAAAGUUUUUUUGGGGCCAAACGCCAAAUCUUACUUAUAAAAACGAGUAAAAAGACCCUCUUUCUGAAGAAUAAUGAAGAAAAGAAAAGGGAAAAAUAAAAAAUCUUCCAUUUCAAUUUUUCUGUUAUUUUCUGUUCUUCUACUUCAAUUAUCUCAUCACUAGUUGAAACCACCCAAAUCAAAAACAAAACUUUGUUUUUUUGUUUUCCCUCUCUUUUGAUGUGAUUGAUCCAUAGAUCUAUUGGUUCUGGUUUUGAGCUCGCAUGAAGCCUUUUCCUUUUAUGGUUCCAGAUUCUCCUUUCAAAGUACAAACCGAAGUGGUCAAUUUGUUUUAAAAAAGUUUUCCAUUUUUGUGUUGAAGCUCAAAGAAAUUUAAGGCUCACGAUUCUGGUUUCUAGCUCCUUUUCGUAUUCAGUGCUUAAUUUAGAUGUGGAGAAUUUGGAGGAGAUGAGGGAUGUUAUCUGGGUUUAUAAACUUCUUGAGGGCCUGUUUUCGGCCAAGGUCAGAUCGAUACAUUCACACAAGUUCUGAUGCUGGAGGUCGCCAAGAUGGGCUUUUGUGGUAUAAGGACUCAGGGCAACACUUUAGUGGCGAGUUCUCGAUGGCAGUGGUUCAGGCCAACAAUUUACUUGAGGAUCAGAGCCAGCUUGAGUCCGGUUGUUUGAGUUUACACGAGUGCGGUCCCUAUGGUACUUUCGUUGGCUUGUAUGACGGGCAUGGGGGUCCAGAGACUUCGCGCUACAUCAAUGAUCAUCUCUUUCAACAUCUUAAACGUUUCGCAUCAGAGCAACAGACAAUGUCAGUUGAUGUAAUACAAAAAGCGUACCGAGCAACAGAAGAGGGUUUUUUGUCUAUUGUUACUAAACAGUGGCCUAUAAAACCACAAAUUGCAGCUGUUGGAUCCUGUUGCCUGACUUGUGUUAUCUGUGGUGGAUCCCUCUAUGUUGCCAACCUUGGCGAUUCCCGUGCUGUUUUGGGUAGAGCUGUGAAAGCAACAGGAGAGGUUCUGGCCAUUCAGCUCUCUGCUGAGCAUAAUGCGUGUAUAGAGUCCGUGAGACAGGAGCUGCAAUCAUUGCAUCCUGAUGACCCACAAAUUGUAGUUUUGAAGCACAAUGUGUGGCGUGUGAAAGGUCUAAUACAGAUUUCCAGAUCUAUUGGCGAUGUAUAUUUGAAAAGGGCUGAGUUCAACAGGGAGCCUUUGUAUCCUAAAUUCCGGCUUCGCGAACCUUUCAUAAAGCCGAUUUUGAGCUCAGACCCAUCAAUAUCAGUGCACCUGCUGCAGCCACAUGAUCAGUUUGUGAUAUUUGCAUCUGAUGGGCUCUGGGAGCACCUUAGCAAUCAAGAAGCUGUUGAUAUAGUUCAGAAUCAUCCACGAAGAGGAAUUGCAAAGCGGCUGGUAAAAACUGCACUACAAGAGGCAGCAAAGAAGAGAGAAAUGAGAUAUUCUGACUUGAAGAAGAUUGACCGUGGUGUACGUCGCCAUUUCCAUGAUGACAUCACAGUUAUUGUGGUGUUUCUUAACUCAAACCUCGAGAGCAAGGCAACCUCCCUUAAGACUCCUAAUCUAUCCGUUCGAGGCGGAGGAAUCACCGUGCCUCAUGGUACACUGACUCCUUGUGCUAUGCCAACUGAAGCUGGCAGUACCUGAUCAUGCCGCAUCGCAUCUAUUUCUUUGUUGUAUUGUCCUCUUUAUGUGAAUACCAGGUAGCUUCCGAAAAGCGACAGAAGGAGCAAGCCUUCAAUUCUUUAAUGUACACUGUAACUUUUAACUAGAAACUACUAAGUUUGCAUUUCGCAUCCGUGCCAAAACACUCGAAGAGAACUAGAAAGGAGUACAAAGUGACAAUAAAUAUGGUUAAAUUUACCUGGGAAUAGUUCCCUUAAAGGUCUAUAUGAUAGUCUCCUUUUAUUCUUCAUCUGGUGCAUAUGUUCUUACUAUUAAGCAACUUGUUGUACU